CCCUCUUUAUUCUUUCCCUUCUCUAGUUUAUUUCAUCUCCUUCUCGCUUUAUUCCUCUCUCCCUUGAAAAUUCCAAAGCUGAUGGUUCUAAAACUAGGGUUAGGGUUAGGGUUUUUCGUCCCCAUGUCAAUCGUAACCGGAUUUCUUCUCUUUAAAACUACUCCCGAUCUCAAUUCCUUUCUUCUCUCGCUGUUGUUGAUUCUCGCAAUGGGUUGCUUCGGCGGUCUUUUGAGCAGUUUAUUCCACUCUAUGCUUCCUAGAAAGAGAGCCGUCGGAGCCGCAGCAGCAGACGACGACUCCAGCAGCAACUGCACUGAAAUCUCCCCCAAGAAGCCGCGCCUCGACAACUUGGUCUCGCCUCUGCCCUCGUCGUCUGACCGAAACCACAUGGCACACUCCAACGGCAACCCACCCGAGAUCGAUGAGGAUCUGCACAGCCGGCAGCUUGCUGUCUAUGGACGAGAGACGAUGCGGAGGCUCUUUGCAUCCAAUGUCCUUGUCUCUGGGAUGCAAGGUCUCGGUGUUGAGAUUGCGAAGAACCUCAUUCUUGCAGGUGUCAAAUCUGUCACUUUGCAUGAUGAAGGGACAGUUGAGCUGUGGGACUUAUCCAGCAAUUUUUAUUUCUCGGAGGAUGAUGUAGGGAAGAACCGGGCGCUUGCUUGUGUUCAUAAGCUGCAAGAGCUCAACAGCGCUGUGGUGAUAUCAACCUUAGCGACAGAGUUAUUGAAGGAACAACUCUCUGGUUUCCAGGCUGUAGUUUUCACUGAUAUCAGCCUAGAGAAAGCAAUCGAGUUUAAUGAUUAUUGUCACAGUCACCAACCUCCAAUUUCCUUCAUCAAAUCUGAAGUCCGAGGUCUCUUUGGCAGUGUGUUUUGUGACUUCGGUCCUGAGUUCACUGUCAUUGAUGUUGAUGGUGAGGAACCACAUACAGGUAUAAUUGCAUCCAUCAGCAACGACAAUCCUGCUCUUGUAUCAUGUGUUGAUGAUGAACGGCUUGAGUUUCAAGAUGGGGACCUGGUUAUAUUUUCUGAGGUUCAGGGCAUGACUGAGCUGAAUGAUGGAAAACCAAGAAAGGUUAAAAAUGCGAGGCCAUAUGCAUUUACUCUUGAGGAAGACACGACAAAUUUUGGUCCAUAUGCGAAAGGCGGUAUUGUCACGCAAGUGAAGCAGUCCAAGGUGUUGUGCUUCAAACCCUUAAGAGACGCUCUCAAAGAUCCUGGCGAUUUCCUCCUCAGCGACUUCUCCAAGUUUGACCGUCCACCUUUGCUACACUUAGCGUUUCAAUCUCUGGAUAGGUUUAUUUGUGAAAUGGGACGUUUUCCUGUUGCUGGGUCAGAGGAGGAUGCUGAGAGGCUUAUAGAUUUGGCUACAAGUAUCAAUGAUAGCUUGGGAGAUGGUAGAUUGGAAGAGAUUGAUAAGAAGCUUCUGCGGCAUUUUGCACAUGGCUCCAGGGCAGUUCUAAAUCCCAUGGCUGCCAUGUUUGGUGGUAUUGUUGGACAAGAGGUUGUGAAAGCUUGCUCUGGGAAGUUCCAUCCACUCUUUCAGUUCUUUUACUUUGACUCUGUUGAGUCUCUUCCAACUGAGCCAUUGGAACCUGGCGAUUUGAAGCCAUUAAAUAGUCGUUAUGAUGCACAAAUCUCAGUGUUCGGAUACAAGCUUCAGAAAAAGCUCGAAGAUGCUAAAGUAUUCAUUGUGGGAUCUGGUGCGCUUGGAUGUGAGUUUUUGAAGAAUUUAGCUCUGAUGGGCAUUUGUUGCAGUAGUGAAGGGAAGUUAACCAUAACGGAUGAUGAUGUCAUCGAGAAGAGUAAUCUCAGCAGACAAUUUCUAUUCCGUGAUUGGAAUAUUGGGCAGGCGAAGUCAACCGUUGCUGCUUCUGUUGCUGGUUCUAUCAAUCCUCGUCUCCGUAUACAGGCCCUGCAAAACCGUGCAUCCCCAGAGACUGAAAAUGUGUUUGAUGAUGCAUUUUGGGAGAGUCUUGAUGCUGUUGUUAAUGCACUGGAUAAUGUGAAUGCCAGGAUUUAUAUGGAUAUGAGGUGCUUGUAUUUCCAGAAGCCGCUGUUGGAGUCUGGAACUUUGGGUGCCAAAUGCAAUACGCAGAUGGUCAUCCCUCAUCUGACUGAAAAUUAUGGGGCCUCCAGAGAUCCACCCGAGAAGCAGGCACCCAUGUGCACAGUUCACUCCUUUCCGCAUAACAUUGAUCACUGCCUAACAUGGGCCCGCUCUGAGUUUGAGGGCUUGCUCGAGAAAACACCAGCUGAAGUAAACAGCUUUCUUUCCAAUCCAAGUGAAUAUGUUACUGCAAUGAGAACUGCAGGCGAUGCUCAGGCCAGGGAUCUCUUGGAACGUGUUAUUGAGUGCCUCGACAAGGAGAGAUGUGAAGCAUUUCAAGACUGCAUUACCUGGGCCCGACUAAAGUUUGAAGACUACUUCACUAACCGCGUGAAGCAGUUGACUUUUACUUUCCCUGAAGACGCUGCCACCAGCACAGGGGCACCUUUUUGGUCAGCUCCCAAGCGUUUUCCCCGACCUCUUGAAUUCUCGUCAUCUGAUCCUGGCCACCUUCACUUCAUCAUGGCAGCAUCGAUACUACGUGCCGAGACAUUCGGGAUCCCUAUACCUGACUGGGCCAAGAACCCGAAUAAAUUGGCUGAUGCUGUGGAUAAAGUGAUAGUCCCUGAGUUCUGUCCCAGGGAAGGGGUAAAGAUUGAGACUGAUGAGAAAGCGACUAGCAUUACUGCCGCCUCUGCUGAUGAUGCUGCUGUUAUUAACGAUCUGAUUGUCAAGGUGGAAGAGUGUGCUAAGAAGCUGCCGUCUGGGUUCCGGAUGAAACCGAUACAGUUUGAGAAGGAUGACGAUACAAACUACCACAUGGACUUCAUAGCUGGGCUUGCAAAUAUGCGGGCGAGGAACUACAGCAUCCCUGAAGUCGACAAGCUGAAAGCCAAGUUCAUUGCCGGGAGGAUCAUCCCCGCCAUCGCGACUUCCACGGCAAUGGCCACCGGUCUUGUCUGCCUUGAGCUGUACAAAGUGUUGGGGGGUGGGCACAAGCUGGAGGACUAUAGGAACACGUUCGCCAACCUGGCGCUGCCUCUCUUCUCCAUGGCUGAGCCAGUCCCGCCCAAGGUGAUCAAGCACCGGGACAUGAGCUGGACGGUGUGGGACCGGUGGGUCAUCAGGCAGAACUUGACGCUGAGGGAGUUGCUGCAGUGGCUGCAAGAAAAGGGCCUGAAUGCUUACAGCAUCUCAUGCGGGACGUGCUUGCUUUACAACAGCAUGUUCCCGAGGCACAGGGAGAGGAUGGACCGGCCGGUUGUGGACCUGGCCAGGGAGAUCGCCAAGGUUGAGGUUCCUUCAUACAGGUGCCAUUUGGAUGUUGUAGUGGCUUGCGAGGAUGACGAAGACAAUGACAUCGACAUCCCCUUGAUAUCCAUAUACUUCCGGUAGAGAGUCAGCAGCCAGGCUGCCUCAAUUGAGAGUCAAAGGAACCACAAAGAAAGAAGCGAUCCGGCUUAGUACUCCUUGCAAGAUGGUAGGCCAUGAUCCGUCAUUUUUCAGGGUUGGGGCCCCUGCUCGGGGCAAUGGUGUGGUCUUGAAAUUUUUUUUUUUUUUUUAAAGAGCAUAUUUUUCCUGCAGAGUGUAGAUGAAUGAAUAGGAUUGGCACCAGCACCAUAAGCUUAUGGAACCGCGUAUCAUUUCCAGCCAAUGUGUUACAUGUUUAGGAAAUCCGGUAUGCGCUGAAGGUUGGCCGAUCUGCCCCGGAUGACUGUAUCUUGGAUUGGAUUGUUGGUUGUACAUUCUUUUGAGUGGUAUGACCUACCCAUUGCUUGGAUCGACCUGGUUUUAGUUACA